CCAUUUCCAUCGUCUUCUCGUCCUCUUCCGAGGCCUCACCUGCAGCUGCUCUCUCUCUUUCUCCCCCUCCACCCGAAGCAAAAUCCCCAAAACAACCGAGAGAAAAAAAAUCACGCGGCGAAGCCGAAAUUUCUUUCGAUUCGAUUUGAACAUAAACCCUAGCUCCGAUCCCCCUCGCGUCGGCCCCGAACCCGUGGACCCCCGUCGCUAGCUGAAUCGAACGCUACCGGUCGAUUCCCCCGACGAGGUAAUCCUAUCGAACCCCUCGAGAGAGAGCGAGAGGUUGGGGUAAUUGGUGUUGUUUUCUGGGAAAUUGAUCGGGUUGGCGGGCGAUUUAGGGUUUUUGGACGGGUGGCCCGCCGCCCUCUCCCAAGGGGACUAGCCUGCGCGUCUCGAUCUCGCGGGGAGCUAGGGUUUUGUGAUCUGAGUGUGAGAAGGGACUGGUGUCCGCCCUGGUUCUGAUGAGAAUUGGCAGUGGAAUGCUCAGAUUGGCUGCCGGCGACGACGAGAGGAGCAGCUCCCUUGGCAACGGCGGCGGAGGCGCCCGAUUCACCGCCCCCAAGGUCCGCACGCGUGAUAAAGGCGCGCUCGUGGCCCUCUGAUUCGAGGAGGAGGGGGUUGCUGGUGCGUCGACGUGGAGUCUUCUCUGAGGAGAGUGGGAGAUGACGAGGAUAUUCGUGCAGCGCGGGGCUGCCGGCUCCUCGUCCAGCUCUGGUCGCUCGGGCUCACAAACACUGCAGCAGCAGCAGCAGCAGCAGGCUACAUCAUCAGUUGCCCGGGAGGAGGAGCUGCCGCAGCAGCCUCAUCAGCAUCCAACGGAGCUAUUGUCUUCAGACGAUAUAACUGACCAUCUAUUGGAGGAUGUUGAUACCAUCAGUAAUAGUAAUAAGGCAUUGAGGCUAGAUGAUCCCACAUCAGAGAGUUCAAGCUCUGCAGAGGAGAGGGCUGUCAGGGAGAAACCUCCCAAAGAUGACUCCAAUGUGAUCGAUCCUGCUUUCUUGGUGGAGGAAUUAACAGGCCUCCAGUUUUCUGAUCAGUUCGAGGAGGAAAAUUCAGUGCAGUCAAGUAUUGGGCCGUCACAGAUUGCUGGUGUGGCAUCACAUUCACACCCACCACCUCCACCAGCGCCACCAGCCCCACCAGUCCCACCACCGAAACCAUCGUCUGGUAAUAAUGGGUUAAGGAGAAUGGGGUCUGGAAGCUCAAACAACGCACGGAUUGGAUCUUCAAGAAGGCCAGUUGCUUGGCCACCAGUGGCAGUCUGGGCAUCUGCUUCGGGUUCCCGGCCUUCUUCACCUAGAUCACUUGCUGAUAGUGAAGGGUAUAACAGUGCAGACGAGCAGGGCCCCUGUUACGCCUCUAGUUUUUAUGAUUCGGAAAGGGAGCGCAUGUUUGAACAUGACCUAAGACGAGUUAGAGGAUUUGAAAUCAAUAAGAUGGCUGAAGAUGGAAAUUGUCUGUUUAGAGCAGUUGCUGAUCAAGUUUAUGGUGAUCCAGAAACUUAUGACAUGGCUAGGCAGAUGUGUGUUGAUUACAUGGAAAGAGAACGCGAUCAUUUCUCCCAGUUCAUGACAGAAGGUUUUACAUCAUACUGUAGGAGAAAAAGAAGAGAUAAGGUAUAUGGCAACAAUAUGGAGAUCCAGGCAUUUGCUGAGAUGUACAAUCGUCCCAUUCACAUAUAUUCCUACAGUACAGAACCCAUUAACAUUUUUCAAGGAAGCUAUAACACAGAUGUCCCUCCAAUUAGGUUAAGUUACCAUCAUGGUAAUCAUUACAAUUCAGUUGUUGAUCCUCGCCGGCUGACAGUAGGGGCAGGCCUGGGAUUUAGCUCCCUUAGAGGGACAAAUAAUGUUGACAGGGAUCAGGUGAAGGCUGCAAUAAAAGCACAGCAAGAUCAGCAGAUUGAGAAUGCACUUCUGGCUGAAGGACGACUAUACUCUGAUUUGGAGUUGACUGAGAAGGAAAUAGAGCGGAUGGUGAUGGAGGCCUCACGGGCUGAGUAUCUGAAGCAGCAGCAGCAGCUUAACUUUAGAGAGUCAUCAACAUCAGGGGCAGAGCCAUCUUCUUCUGCUGCCAUUAGUGGAUCUUCUCGUUCGCCCGGAACUGCUGAUAGAGUUGGCGAGGAAUGUUUCGUUCUACCGGACACUGUGCUAACCCGCAGCAUGCAGCUGCUCUUGGCAAUGGGCUUCAGCUACAUCCAGGUCAUGGAAGCCUAUAGUAUAUUUGGUGAGGAUGUCGACUCAAUGAUCUACUACCUUGUGGAGAUGGGUGGUACAGGAGCAUCUGCAGGUGGUAGCAAUCGCAGGAAAGGAAAAGCCGCUGAGUGAAUGUGUACCUUUGACCGGCCAUGAUGAAUCGAAAUAAAAACCGAACUAUAACGCAUAAGCCACAGAAGAGAGAUGACAGACUUGUGGGUUGAAUGAGCUGAAAUGCCAAUAAAAUAAACUUUACUAC